GGGUUCCGAUUAGUCAACGGAGGGAUGCGUCAGUUCAGACACCGAUUGCAUGGUAGCGAUCAAAGAAGUUUUAAAUUUAGUACUAUUUCCUGUAUUUCAGUUUUAUUUAUAUUAAAUAUAAUUUCCACAUCUGGAAGCUAAAAUUCCGCAACGACGAAGUACUAAUCUGAAUCGAGGACAUUCAAGCUUUUCUGUAGUAUCACAAAUUCAUAUCUACAUAAGAAGAACACACAAACUUUCAGGGAUGGAGUUGAAUGUCUUUAAAAUGUGAGGCUAAUGGAUGCACUAAAUGAUAAUGAUGAGGAAGCUUUACCCAGAGAUACAAUGAAUAAUGUGGACAAUGGAACACUCAAGCUUCCGCCCGAAGAAACGCAAUCCAGCUAUGAACGUGUCUUGGAAUGGAACAAUCAGGCAGAACGGGACGAAAUUCCCUCCCGCGAUGCCUUCAAAAGAAGACCUGAGGAUGUGAGUCCUCUUCCGGAUGACAUGGCCCUGCCCAGUAUGAAUGAUUCUGAUCUAUUUGAUGUUAUCACAUAUGGGCAUGGCAGGCCAGAGGAAAUGGAACAAGGGAAAAGCAGUUUUGUCAAUGUGGAAGACAUUCCUCAUGAUAUAUACCUGGAUGAGCCCAUGUCAGUUAUCUCGGAUGACACGGAAGGAGCUGUAUUUGCCAAUUACUUAAAAUGUCGGACGUGCUAUGAUAUUGUGCCAAAAAGUGCAAAGAUUGUAAUUUUUGACACAAGAUUAUUGGUAAAAAAGGCAUUCUAUGCGCUAGUUGCUAACGGUGUGAGGUCAGCCCCAUUAUGGGACAAUACUAAGCAAGACUAUGUGGGAAUGUUAACAAUCUCAGAUUUCAUCAAUAUAUUGGUUUCAUAUUAUAAAUCACCGUUGGUACAAAUGGAAGAAGUAGAAGAACACAGAAUUGAAACUUGGAGAGAUUUGUCAAAGAACAAAUUGCCUUCUACUUUGAUCCAAAUUUCACCUUACCAAAGUUUAUACGAAGCCUGCGAAUAUCUAAUAAAGCACAAGAUUCAUCGCCUACCAGUAAUAGACCCUUCAUCUUCAAACUUCUUGUUUGUGAUAACACACAAAAGAAUCCUGCAUUAUCUACAUGAACAUUUCUCCAAAUUGGUCAUGCCGGAUUUUAUGUACAAGACGUUAGGAGAACUUAGUAUUGGAACAUUGUGUAAGAUCGCUACGAUCAAUCCAGAAACCCCGCUCAUUACAGCACUGAAUAUGUUUGCUGAAUAUAAAGUAUCUGCCUUGCCCAUUGUGGACAAAGAUGGUAAGGCUGGAUUUCCACUUGCAAAGAAAUGGCUCGCUAGCAAAAUAUUUGCAUUUUUUUUAGUAUUGUAUUUUCGAUGCCCAUCAUGCUCAUUAAACAUAAAUCAGGUCCAGAGAAUUUCAACUCUAGGUAGCGUGAUUUGCGUCGUCGUGGAUAUACGCACGAUUUUUUUUAGUAAAUUUGGCGCGGAAAAGUUACAACAACUUGGACGUCCAGUUAUUGAAGCGUUAAAACACAGGGCUGAGGGAUUCGAAGGUGUUCACCGAUGUCGACUGAACGAGCCGUUACACGUCGUGGUCGAAAGAAUUGUCAAAGCAGGCGUUCAUCGUCUUGUCGUGGUCGACAAAGAAGAUCAGGUUGUUGGUGUCAUGUCAUUGUCUGACCUUCUUCAAGUGCUGGUCUUACAUCCUCCAGGUGUAAUCAGUGCGACAAGUGAGGAUUUCAUGGUCAAGUGAUGCUAUCUC